GAAAUGAAAAACCAUAUUUUGCGGAAGCAAUUGCAUAUUGCUGGUACUCGGAAAUCAAAGAAACGAAGGGUGAUAUGAUGAUAAUAACGACAGCACUAAAAAAGCUGAAGUCUUUUGUAAUUUUAUUUUUGAAAAGACAGACAGAGAGAGAGAGAGAGAGAGAGAGUAUGAUAAUGUCACUCGCAAGGGUGUCUUUGAUACUUGUUGGCAACUGAAACUGUGUUUCAGAUACAAGGGUGUUUUUCAAGUUGAACACAGACUCAAAAGCCUUAUCCUUGUUAAGGGUGGUGGCUGGCUGUCUUGAGUUCUUGCUUCAUUUCCAUUCUGAAAGAAACUCUGCGCCGGAAGAAAUGGAGUCUGUGUGGUUCUCCACCACUGGAUCUGCUAACCCCCGUUGUGGCUUCUUGGCCGUCUUACUGCUGUCACUGCUCUUGUGCUCAACAUUCUCUUCCACGGAAGCCUAUGAUGCACUUGAUCCAACUGGCAACAUUACAAUCAAAUGGGAUGUUAUAAGCUGGACACCAGACGGUUAUAUUGCUGUUGUUACAAUGUACAACUUUCAACAGUAUCGGCAUAUUCAGGCUCCUGGAUGGAUACUAGGGUGGACAUGGGCAAAGAAGGAAGUAAUUUGGAAUGUAGUGGGAGGCCAAACCACAGAGCAAGGGGACUGUUCAAGGUUCAAAGGGAACAUUCCUCAUUGUUGUAAGAAGGAUCCAACCGUCGUGGAUUUACUGCCUGGAACUCCUUACAACCAGCAGAUUGCCAAUUGUUGCACUGGAGGAGUCCUAACUUCAUGGGCCCAGGACCCUGAACAUGCAAUAACCUCAUUUCAACUUAGUGUUGGUUCUGCAGGAACAACUAACAAAACGGUCAAACUGCCAAGAAAUUUUACCCUUAAAGCACCAGGGCCUGGUUAUACUUGUGGACCUGCAAAGAUUGUGAAACCAACUAAGUUUAUUACCAAAGACAAGAGGAGAACCACUCAAGCAUUGAUGACCUGGAAUGUUACGUGCACGUAUUCUCAAUUCCUAGCUCAGAAGACUCCAACGUGCUGUGUUUCUCUUUCAUCCUUCUACAACAGUACAAUAGUAAACUGCCCUACCUGCACCUGUGGUUGCCAAAACAAAACAGAACCUGGAAGCUGUGUAGAUCCUAAUUCCCCACAUUUAGCUUCAGUUGUAUCACCCCCAGGCAAAGCCAUAAAUACACCUCUGGUCCGAUGCACCAAUCACAUGUGUCCUAUUCGAGUGCAUUGGCACGUGAAACUUCAAUAUAAAGAGUACUGGAGGAUCAAGAUCACAAUCACAAAUUUCAAUUACAUGGUGAAUUAUUCACAAUGGAACCUUGUUGUCCAGCACCCAAACUUUGACAAUGUAACUCAGGUUUUCAGCUUUAACUACAAGCCGAUAACACCUUAUGUGGGCUUAAAUGAUACUGGUAUGUUGUGGGGAGUGAAGUUCUACAAUGAUUUACUUACUUCAGCAGGACCCCUUGGGAAUGUGCAGUCUGAGCUCUUAUUCCGGAAGGACAAAUCAACCUUCACAUUUGAUAAGGGAUGGGCUUUCCCUCGAAGAAUAUAUUUCAACGGAGAUAACUGUGUAAUGCCACCUCCUGACGCCUAUCCAUGGUUGCCAAAUGCAAGUUCAAGACUAGUUUUCCCUUUACUAAGCACAUUUUUUGGCACUUUAUACUGUGUGGUAAUGUUAUUGACUUAACCAUGUUGGAGAAUCUAUAUAUGUGGAACAUAAGAGGCCUUAUCUUCUCUUUUGAAGUUACGUAAGUUAUCUGCACAUGAUUGCUGAAACUGAAGUCAUUCACACGGUCAUAGUAUGCAUGAAACACCGGUGCAAGGAAAACAAGAACUCUGUUCUGUUAUUUACUUAGAAUGGUAGAUUUUACUCCCACGUGUAUUUUGUAGCUUUUGCGUUGUAAAAUAAUUUAGUUUCUUUUUCUUUGUUCUUUGUUUUUCGCUCUUUAGAGUAGACAACUGAUCUCCCAGCAUUUUGAUGAAUUCAAGCAUUAACUUUAAUCAGCAACCUUCUACACCUUUCUAGAGUUGUUUUCUCUUCAUUUUUUGUACGUAUAAAUCAUCUGUGCUCA